CCUGAAGAAGCCGGUGCUGAAGGAGGUGGCUGUGGGGCCCCCCCAGAGGCCCCAGCCUGUGGCCCUGGAGCGCUACAAGGCGCGGCGUUCCGACGCCAUGGACACCGAGUCCCAGUACUCGGGCUAUUCCUACAAGUCGGGCCACUCCCGCAGCUCCCGAAAGCACAGGGACCGCCGGGACCGACACCGCUCUAAGAGCCGAGAUGGGAGCCGCGGGGAUAAGUCGGUGACAAUCCAGGCUCCAGGGGAGCCCCUGCUGGACAACGAGUCCACUCGCGGGGAUGAGCGGGAUGACAACUGGGGGGAAACGACCACGGUAGUCACAGGGACUUCAGAGCACAGCAUCUCCCACGAUGACCUCACGCGGAUCGCCAAGGACAUGGAGGACAGCGUCCCACUGGACUGCUCCCGCCACCUGGGGGUGGCUGCUGGCACCACGCUGGCGCUGCUCUCCUUCCUCACGCCGCUGGCCUUCCUGCUGCUGCCCCCCCUGCUGUGGCGGGAGGAGCUGGAGCCCUGUGGGACCGCCUGCGAGGGCCUCUUCAUCUCCGUGGCCUUCAAGCUGCUCAUCCUGCUGCUGGGCAGCUGGGCCCUGUUCUUCCGCCGCCCCAAGGCCUCGCUGCCCCGCGUCUUCGUGCUGCGUGCCCUGCUCAUGGUGCUCGUCUUCCUGCUCGUGGUGUCCUACUGGCUCUUCUACGGGGUGCGCAUCCUGGACGCGCGGGAGCGCAGCUACCAGGGCGUGGUGCAGUUCGCCGUGUCGCUGGUGGACGCCCUGCUCUUCGUGCACUACCUGGCGGUGGUCCUGCUGGAGCUGCGCCAGCUGCAGCCUCAGUUCACGCUCAAGGUCGUGCGCUCCACCGACGGGGCCAGCCGCUUCUACAACGUGGGCCAUCUCAGCAUCCAACGCGUGGCAGUGUGGAUCCUGGAGAAGUAUUACCAUGACUUUCCCGUCUACAACCCUGCCCUUCUCAACCUGCCCAAGUCCGUCCUGGCCAAGAAAGUGUCUGGCUUCAAGGUGUAUUCCCUCGGAGAGGAAAACAGCACCAACAAUUCCACGGGCCAGUCCCGGGCUGUGAUCGCCGCGGCAGCCCGGAGGCGGGACAACAGCCACAAUGAGUACUACUACGAGGAGGCAGAGCACGAGCGGAGGGUGCGCAAGCGGAGGGCCAGGCUUGUGGUGGCGGUGGAGGAGGCCUUCACUCACAUUAAGCGGCUGCAGGAAGAGGAGCAGAAGAACCCCAGGGAGGUGAUGGACCCCCGGGAGGCAGCCCAGGCCAUCUUCGCAUCCAUGGCCCGAGCCAUGCAGAAGUACCUCCGGACCACCAAGCAGCAGCCUUACCACACCAUGGAGAGCAUCCUGCAGCACCUGGAAUUCUGCAUCACACACGACAUGACGCCCAAGGCCUUCCUGGAGCGGUACCUGGCAGCCGGACCGACCAUCCAGUACCACAAGGAACGCUGGCUGGCCAAACAGUGGACUCUGGUGAGCGAGGAGCCGGUGACCAAUGGGCUUAAGGAUGGCAUUGUUUUCCUCUUAAAACGCCAGGACUUCAGCCUGGUGGUCAGCACCAAGAAGGUUCCAUUCUUCAAACUCUCCGAGGAAUUUGUGGACCCCAAGUCGCACAAGUUUGUCAUGAGGCUGCAGUCUGAGACCUCGGUGUGACUGUGUCACGGCAGUGGGCGCGGGAGAC